AUGGCAGCGGCAGCUCCAGAUCCUCCAACAGUCAAACCCGUGUCCCCACCAUCUUCGCCACCAGAAGAUCCAUCGGAGCCAGGAAACAUGCCGUUGAAGAACCCUCCCACAUUAUCUGCCAGGUUACCAGCAAAAUCCUUUGCGGCCUCCAAUUGCGACUGUGUAAAAGUGGCGGCUUCGUCCACCUUGUACGCGACAUAA